AUGGCAUUAUUGAAACAUGCAAUGGUUUUUAUAGUGUAUUUGUUGGUUGUUGUAGUUGAAUUUUCUGAUUGUUUUAGUUUCAAUUGCACAGUGUCAUUAGAUGGUACUGGGAAUUUUGUUAAAGUUAAUGAUGCUAUAGCAGCAGCACCAAAUUUUAGCACGACGAGAUUUUACAUUCACGUGAAACGGGGAAUUUAUAAAGAAAUUGUUGAAGUUCCAUCUCAAAAGACUUUCAUUGCUUUAAUUGGGGAUGAUGCUUCUACCACCAUCAUUGUUAACAAUCGAAGUAACGCAACUGGUUUCACCACAGCAACUACUGCAACUCUCAGUAAGCUUCAAUUCUUCUCCAUCAUAACCCUAGCUUGUUUGCUUGCUGUAAAUGGAGAAAACUUCAUGGCUCAGUUCUUGACUUUUGAAAACUCUGCUGGACCAAAGGGGGGCCAAGCAAUUGCUGUUGUUGACCAAGCCAAGCACACAGCAUAUUAUAAGUGUGUGUUUUUGGGUUAUCAAGACACUCUCUUUGCUGCAUCAGAUCUCCAAUUUUUCAAAGAAUGCGAUAUAUAUGGAAGUAUUGACUUCAUUUUCGGAAACGGGCUUACAAUAUUUCAAGAUUGUAAUAUAUUUGCUCGAUUACCUAGCAUUGAGAGUACCGUAACUGCACAAUCCAAAAAUCGUAAAGAUGAUCCGAGUGGCUUUGUCUUCCAAAACUGUAAUGUGACCGUGUCGUCGGAGAUAGCAUCAAGUAAGGACAAGGUAAUGGUGUUCCUUGGACGACCAUGGAGAAAAUAUUCAAUGGUUAUAUUCAUAGAGUCAUUUCUUGAUGACGUGGUUCAGCCUAAAGGAUGGUUGGAGUGGCCAGGAGUACCGACGAAUCUACUGUUUUAUGCAGAAUACAACAACAGAGGUGCAGGGGCUAAUACUUCCCAAAGAGUGAACUGGCCUGGUUUCCAUGUAUUACAUAAUGCAAAGGAUGUUGCAAGUUUUACUGUUGAAACCUUUAUUAAUGGGACUCAAUGGUUGCCUGAAACCAGCAUACCAUUUAGGGCUGGCGUUUAG